AUGAUUAGAGCUUCUCCAUCAUAUUCAUUAGAUAACAGUUUUUAAUUCAAUUUUUUGAAGAAACAAAUUUGUAAACCCAUUAUUUAGAUAAAAUCACUCGUUAAAAAUAGAAAAACUAGACCUAAAAGUUAGGAGGCUACUGAUUCUGAUUAAUAAAAUUUUAGUAGUAUUCAAGGUCCUUCUAGAAGAAAAAGUUGUUACUGCAAUUAAUGUGGAUGUAUGGGAAAGAAAUAAUUACAAUUUAUGGAUCUAAAAUUAUCUAAAUAACCUAAAAUGAUUAAUAAAAGAGCAUAAUGUAAUAUUGAUAGAAGAUGCACACUCAAUAUAUAGAGCAUAAGUAAAUUGAAUUCAAUAUUUAGAGAUCGUAGUGUAUUUUAUCGUAGAAACACUUAAAAAAAUUCAGAAAAGGUCGAUAAUUUAAAAUCUCCAACUUAUGAUUUAAGUGAUUCCAAGAGUCCUGGAUGGUUUAUUAGACAAAUGGUAAUGAGAAAAUCAACAAUAAAUGUUUAAAAACUAGUGGAAAAAUCUCAUUCAAAAUAUUCCAAUCAGUAAUCUAAUAAAAAGAUUAUGGUUGAUGAUCUACUAAGCCCUAAAAGCCAAUAAACCAUUCAUGUGCCAACUAGUACUCGUACUGUGUAUCAAAAGUGUUUCAAUGAUAAUUCUUGUGUUAGAAUAAGGACUGUUGCAGGAUUUGAUUGUGAGAACAAUAUAAAUUCACCAAAUCAUAGAGAGAUACCUAAAUUAUCUCCUUAUCUUAGUUUUAGAUAGAUUAAUUUCAACCUACUAGUACCUUUAAAAUUGAAAAGCAAAUCUACAUCAAGAAAAACCAAUAAAAAAAUAUUUUUCCAUUCUAAAGUAUAAAAUUGA